CGAGCAAGAUCACGACCGUCAGCUCGCUCGUUCGCUGUGUAUGCGGCUAAUCCUGCGCGGAAAAACAACAAUUAUUCCCCCCUGCUCAUAUAUGAACACGUUAGCGGACCAGGACCAAAGCUAACGUCCCCCGUGUUGAUUUUAGGAAACCAGAAGUAAACAGAAGACACCAAAAAUCGACCGAAAGACGAGAAGAUGUCGGGAAAAGACAGGAUCGACAUCUUCCCCUCCAGAAUGGCUCAAACCAUCAUGAAAGCUCGGCUGAAAGGGGCACAGACCGGCCGGAAUCUGCUCAAGAAGAAAUCCGACGCCCUCUCCAUGCGCUUCCGUCUGAUCCUCCGCAAAAUUAUUGAAACUAAGACCAAGAUGGGGGAGGUGAUGCGAGAAGCAGCCUUUUCUUUGGCUGAAGCUAAAUUUGCUGCUGGAGACUUCAGCACAACUGUCAUCCAGAACGUCAACAAAGCCCAAGUAAAGGUCCGAGCCAAGAGGGACAACGUGGCAGGUGUUACCCUACCAGUUUUUGAGCACUACCAAGAAGGCGGGGACAGUUAUGAGCUGACUGGUUUGGCCAGAGGAGGAGAACAGCUGUCCAGGUUGAAGAGGAACUACGCCAGAGCUGUGGAGCUGCUGGUGGAGCUGGCCUCCUUACAGACCUCCUUUGUGACUCUGGACGAAGCCAUAAAAAUCACCAACAGACGUGUGAACGCCAUUGAGCAUGUGAUUAUCCCAAGGAUUGAUCGCACCCUCACCUACAUCAUCACAGAACUGGAUGAGAGAGAACGAGAGGAGUUCUACAGGCUGAAGAAGAUCCAAGAGAAGAAGAAGCAGCUCAGAGAAAGGACAGAGCUGGAGAUCGCGGCCCGUUUAGCUAAACUGGGUCCCAUCGCCGAGCCUGCCAACAUGCUGACAGAGGAGAUGGAUGAAGACCUGCUGUUUGAGUGACGUGCUUCUUCAGGCUGACAGUCGCUGACGUCGCCAUCAUCCUAUUUAUUCUGUGCCUCUCUGGCCGAGUCUUUGUCUCCUCAUGCAAGUAAUGAAAGUGUUUUUCUUUAUGUGUGUGUGUGUGUACACGUCCUUGAUUGAUUUGUUCUUCAGCUCUGGAGUGUGUGUGUGUUUCCAUACGUGUCACUGUACAGAUCCAGUGUUGUCGCACAAUUGCCCACAAGGGAGUAAGUUAAUUAAAUAAUUGAAAUAAUAAGUAUGAUUACACAUGGUUUUGCGAGUGACAUUCCAUGUGAUUUAACAACUUGUAGAUACUUCAGUUUGCUCACGAGACGUAGAGCCGUUGCAUGCUGUAAAACUUGAGGUGGUUGUAGAUUUCAAAGACACCCAAACCCACUGCUGACCUUACAUCACGGGGGUUGUUGUUUUCUCAUUUAAUGAGGGUGAAAAAAAGAAAAAAAAAACCUAACUGUGACCCCCCACUGUAAAAUGUGUCAACCAGGCCUGAGACUUCAUCCAAAUUAAAGAUGUUCUACAUGUUCAA